GUUUGGAUGGCUCGACAAGUGCUCUGGAGAGAGAGAAACUCAUCAACGAGUUCAACUCCAAUCCUAAAAUUCACUUAUUUCUGGUUUCAACGAGAGCUGGUUCGCUCGGCAUCAAUUUAAUAGGUGCAAAUCGUGUGGUUGUCUUGGAUGCAUCAUGGAAUCCUUGCCACGAUACCCAAGCUGUGUGUAGGGUUUACCGUUAUGGCCAGAGGAAACCAUGUUUUGUUUAUAGACUAGUUGUUGACAAUUGCUUGGAAAAGAAGAUAUAUGAUCGUCAAAUAAACAAGCAAGGUAUGUCUGAUAGAGUGGUAGAUGAAUGCAAUCCAGACGCUCACUUAACUCUAAAAGAUGUCAGUACGUUGUGUUGGGACGAUAAAAGGGAUGAGGGGGAAGAAAAAGACUGGUCUCGGUAUAAAGACAAUUAUAUUGAUGUCGUAUUACAAAAAGUUCUGGAGAAGUAUGGUCGUUCACUUAAUAAAGAACCUUUCCAACAUGAAUCUCUUCUUGUGGACCGUAAAGAAAAGCAGUUAUCUCAGCAAGAAAAACGGCUAGCUAAGAAAGGAUAUGAACGUGAAAAGCAGGCGGCUAGACAGCCAGCAUAUAAUUUGUUAGGUUCCUCUAGGGGACAUCGACCAGUAGCCUCAGUCAGGCCCAUGCAGCAAGGAGAAAGGCCAUCGAGAUGGAUUCCUGCAGAACAUUGGCAGAGACAAGGCAUGACUGCUCAAGAGAUGACACUGCCAUUAGAUGUCGUGAUACCCACAAAUCAACCUGAGAAAGGCAACAUUGUCCUAAAAGCUGGGCAAAAGGUGUUGGUGCUUAAAUCUCCAAAAGGUGUCUACAUGCAACUAGAAAGUGGAAAAAUUGUUGCCAUUAAGACUGCCAUUAAAGUUAAGGGCAAAGCUGAGGAUAACCAUGACCCAACCAAAAUGACAAAAACUCCAGUAUUGCCUCCAUCAAUUAAGGCUAAUCCAUCUCUUUCGGUGGUGCCCCAGAAGCGUGCCGUUAAGCCUUUUACUCCGGGUGCCACCAAAUUCGGUGUUCAGAGCGUUAAACAGUCAGUCCCUAAUUUAGUAUCCAGGAUACGCAGUAUUCAGAAGAAGUUAGAGGCAGCUAAAGCGAAACCGUACAACAUUGGCAGUGAGAUUGCUAAGUCUCUUAAUAAAGAAGAUUCCAUGCCGAUGAGUAGUAGUGAUGAUGAUCAGAGUGAGAAGAAACAUGUCGAAACAGCAGAUGAAAUACAGAAGAGGAUAUCCAUGCUGAAGAAAAAUAUUUCAAUACAGCGAGUGACUAGCCAGCCCAAACAGCCACCUCCACAGCCGCCUCCUCCGGUCGAACACAAGGACAGCAGCUCAGAAAGUUCAGCCCUGGAGCAGCUAGAACACACCACUUCGUCGGUUUUAAAUGACAACACACCUUUUCAG